CUCUCUUUUUUUCUAUUGCACUUUAUUUCCUCUCUCGCUUUCCACGUCUCCCUCUCCUCUACGCCAUGCCCAGGGCGCACUGCGCACCCCUCCCCAGUAUCCCCCAUCAACCUCUUCUCUUUCUUAAUUCCAAUUCACGCACCGCUUUUCGCACGCCAAAAACCUGAGGUUCUAACGCCUUGCCUAGCCCACUCCCUCUGCUAACGUGCGCCCUCCAAACGCUGCCGUUUGAUCCCUUUUCCUGACAACGUCGUCGUCUGUGACGUCGCCGUUUAUUGGAAUGAGCAAGUGGGUGAUUGUGCGCUUUGAAUUUGAUGGACCAUCGAUGGUUUCGCCAAGUGGGUUUGUGAGAACGAGCGUUUUUAUCAAAGUUUUAUAGCGUCGUCGUUUUGAUGGCAGGGAGGGGGAUUGGGUUUUUGUUUUGACUUUGAGCUUUUUUUGUUUUGGGUGAGUUAGACAAGUUUUUUUUUUUUUUUUGAAUUUAUUGUUAUGGAGUCUGAAGGGCUUAAUUUGAACAUAGAAAGUGGUGGUGGUGGUGGUGGGAAUAACGGUAAGAGUGCCGAUGGUUUCAUUGAUAGAAGUAAAGUGCGGAUUUUGUUAUGUGACAACGAUUCCAAGAGUUCUGAAGAGGUUUUCACGCUACUUUUGAGAUGUUCUUAUCAGGUUACUUCAGUAAAGUCAGCGAGACAGGUAAUUGAUGCACUAAAUGCAGAAGGGCAACAUAUAGAUAUCAUACUGGCUGAACUUGACCUUCCAAUGAAGAAGGGCAUGAAGAUGUUGAAGUACAUAGCUCGGGAUAAAGAGCUACGCAGAAUCCCUGUUAUAAUGAUGUCCGCACAAGAUGAGGUAUCCAUUGUUGUUAAGUGCUUGAGACUUGGAGCAGCAGACUAUCUAGUAAAGCCUUUGCGCACUAACGAACUAUUAAAUUUGUGGACACACAUGUGGAGAAGGAGGCGCAUGCUUGGACUAGUAGAGAAGAACAUCUUGACUUAUGACUUUGAUCUGGUAGCAUCAGACCCUAGUGAUGCCAAUACAAACAGUACUACCUUGUUCUCUGAUGACACAGAUGACAAGUCCAAGAGAAGCACAAAUCCAGAGACAGGAAUAUCAGUUCAACAAGAGCAAGAGUCGACUGUUGCAAUUGCUGCUGCUGUUGAGGAACCUCCUGAUGCUCGUCCAUCAGAAUAUCGGCCUGAUGUGCAUGGAAUCAAUGAUCAAAGAACAGCUCAUUUUUCUUCUGGUCCAAAGAAGAGUGAACUAAGGAUUGGAGAAUCAUCGGCCUUCUUCACAUAUGUUAAAGCAUCAAUACUGAAGAGAAACUUUGAAGGGGUUGUUAAUGUUGACAACAAUGGUGCUACACAUGUGAGGAUGGAAGUUAUGCAUCAAGCAUGUGCUAAACAAGGGGCUAAUGACAUUCCAGUUCGUGAAAAUGGAGAGACAUGUGAAAGUCAAUCGCAAGAUGACUUACCCAGCUGCAAUAGUAUACCUGAUUCGUUCUCUAUUGAGAGGUCUUGUACUCCACCGGCAUCAAUGGAAGUUUCACAGCAAAAGCACUACAAGGAAGAAAAUUUACGUCAGUGUGUGAUGCAUCCAAGAAAUGGGACUCGCUGUUCCGAGCUUGAAGUUUCUGGCAUGGCCUCCCAACAUGCUUAUCCAUAUUAUAUUUCAGGAGUUGUAAAUCAUGUUAUGAUGCCUUCAUCUGCGCAAAUGUAUCAAAAGAAUAUCCAGGACAUGCAAAAUCAUCCUAAUACAUCUAUGAUUGCGCAGUACAAUCAUCUUCCCCAAGGUGGCCCUCAUGCAACGGGGAUGACAUCCUUCCCAUAUUACCCAAUGAGUAUAUGCUUACAACCUGGUCAGAUUCCUGCGGCUCAUUCAUGGCCAUCAUUUGGAAGCUCAAGUUCAUCUGAAGCAAAAUUAAGUAAGGUUGAUAGGAGAGAAGCAGCAUUGAUGAAGUUCAGGCAGAAAAGGAAAGAGCGCUGCUUUGAUAAGAAAAUUAGGUAUGUUAACCGGAAACGACUUGCUGAAAGGCGGCCACGAGUGAGGGGACAGUUUGUCAGAAAGUUGAAUGGUGCUAAUGUGGACCUUAAUGGACAACCUGCAUCCAUUGACUAUGAUGAAGAUGACGAAGAAGAUGACGAUGAACAGGGUGCAAGAGAUUCAUCUCCUGAGGUUGCUUGAGUAUGUCCAAUUGCUGUGUCGACUCGAGGACGAAAGGCCAAUCAAUCCUUACUCUACUAAUAUUGUACUGUCAAAAGGAUCUGCCUUGUUCCUUGCUUCGAUGGAAUGUUCUUACCAAAGCAUCAAUUGAUGAGCAUAUGCUCUCACAUAUCUGGGGUGCUGAUUCAAUGAGUCCCCUCAUCAUUUAUAGUUGAAACAAAAACUUGCUCGGUCAUUUUUGAAUGCUCAGUUCUUUAAAUGAUCAAUCCUACUGAGCUCUUUCGGAAGGUAUUACAUCCUGCUGGUUAUGUCAAACGCUGUUGAAAAUAUAUCAUGCUUAUGUAUUAUUGGAACAGUUACAAGCAGGUUGUGGCUGCUUAUUUUCAUGGAGAAAUGCCUAGACAUAUUAAAAAAGGUGACCUGAGAAAGAAUUGUUUGUCUAAAAUUUUACUUUCGAACAAAAUUUCACAGCCAUUCAAAUCAUCUUACCUUCCAAAAUUUCUUUUACAACUACUCUAUUUUUGGCUUACCAUCUUAGAUUAAUUUUGGUACUUGAAAAUAUCACAACUAUGAAAAACCUAGGUGCUACUUGGUUUUAGAAAAUGUCUAAUUUUUUAUUUUAAUUAUAAAAAUAUUAUUUUG